AUGGCAAAUGGAGUCAUCAUGUUGUGUUUUCUAGUUCUAACCUUCAGCGGCCACUACAUGGUUGUCGCAUCGGAUCCCAAACCGCUUCAAGAUUUUUGUGUCGCCGACCUUACGAGCUCAGCUAGAGUGAAUGGCGUGCCUUGCAAGGAUCCAUCGCUUGCUCAAGCAAACGAUUUUUCCUUCAGCGGACUUCAUAUUUCUGGAAACACUUCCAAUGCUGUUGGUUCCAAAGUGACACCGGUUGGUGUAACUCAACUUCCGGGAUUGAACACUCUGGGCAUCUCAUUGGUGCGCAUAGACUAUGCCCCGUGGGGACUAAACCCUCCACACACCCAUCCCAGGGCUACAGAGAUCAUCACUGUCUUAGAAGGCUCUCUCCUCGUCGGAUUCGUCACCUCCAACCCUGAUAACCGUCUCAUCUCCAAGAUCCUCUAUAAAGGAGACGUGUUUGUCUUUCCUAUCGGGCUUGUUCAUUUCCAACAGAAUGUUGGGAAUGUAAACGCGGUUGCAAUUGCUGGAUUGAGCAGCCAAAACCCGGGAGUCAUUACCAUUGCCAAUACAGUCUUUGGUUCCAAUCCUUCAAUUGCUAAUGACCUCCUAGCAAAGGCAUUCCAAGUGGAUAAAACCAUAAUUGAUCAAAUCCAGGGAAUGUUUUAG